AUUCACGCGUUAAAUAUCGAAACCCCCUAAAGCCCUAACGCCUAGUCGUUCGUCUCUUACUAAUCGCCGCCGCUAGCUCCUUCCUCCACCGGCCACCGUCUCCCUCCGCAGGUUGAGGUAAUCAUCGAAGAUGUACCUCCAGUUCUACAUCAAUGAGAACGGAGACAAGGUUUACACCACCAAGAAAGAGACUCCAGUGGGGUUGCCAACACAAUCUGCACAUCCAGCUCGUUUCUCUCCGGAUGACAAGUAUUCCAGGCAACGGGUGCUUCUGAAGAAGCGGUUUGGUCUACUUCCAACCCAACAGUCGCCCCUGAAGUACUAAACCAUUCCACGAUGAGCUGAGCUGGUGAACCAUAUCCAUCCAUUCGCUGUAAGAGAGACUCAUAAGAACAUUGUGGGCAUGGUGUUCUUCAUCUUCUUGAAGUACUUUUUGCCUGGCCAAGUAUUUGUAGAUUUAUGAUAUUUCUGUUCAUGUGUGUUCGUGUGCGUUCAGUUGGUUGCGUCAAGCAUUCGUUCUUCGAUUCUAAAGCGUGUUUGGAUGGGCCACCUUCUGAUUUUGCCCAAGUUUUGAAGAAAAUGGACUCAAAUCAAUUCAUUGUACCACUACCUUUUUGCUAUGUUGCUUUUCUUGCUAUUGGUCAAAAAGUUGGAAAAAUUAAAUCC